AUCGCAGUAGAAAAGAACGACGAAGAAACAGAGGAAACGAAAAGAAAAGAGGGAAAACUGAAAACCCUAAAAAUUUUCUUGGCCCAGCCAUCAGUCGUCACCCACACAAUCUCACUUCAAAGAAUUGUCAAUGUUUGGAGAUUCUCUCUCUGAACGACACUAAUCUCACUCUCUUACGGACUGUAUUGUGUUCGAAUCUUUGUUUGUUUUUUUUUGGAGGAUCGAUAUAACGAUAAUUUAGGCGUAGGAGAAAAUGGCAGCCGAUAGUUCGACGGCGGCAGCGAGCAGUAGAUCUGGUGGCGGAGGAGCGUCGGCGGAUUCGUACAUCGGAAGUUUGAUUAGCUUGACUUCGAAGAGCGAGAUCAGGUACGAAGGGAUACUGUACAAUAUCAACACCGAAGAGUCCAGCAUCGGCCUACGAAACGUGAGGUCUUUUGGUACGGAAGGGAGGAAGAAGGAUGGUCCACAGGUCCCUCCAAGCGACAAGAUUUUUGAAUACAUACUCUUUAGAGGAAGCGAUAUCAAGGAUUUACAGGUCAAAGCUUCUCCACCAGUUCAAAGUACUCCGUCCAUUAACAAUGAUCCUGCAAUUAUUCAGUCUCAGUAUACUCAUCCUACACCACCACCAGCCAGCAUGCCUACAGCUCCUAGCAGUUCAUUAACUGAGCAUGGUGCACAUUCGGGACUUACUGGAUCUAAUUUCCAAAGUGGUCUACCUAUGUACCAACCCGGCGGAAACUUGAAUUCAUGGGGCCCAAAUCCUCCUAAUGCAAAUGGUACUGGCUUAGCAAUGCCAAUGUAUUGGCAAGGAUUCUAUGGUGCACCUAAUGGGCUACCUCAACUACCUCAGCAAUCCCUGCUUCGGCCACCUCCUGGCCUGUCUUUACCUCCUUCCAUGCAACAGAUGCAGUUUUCUGGUUUUAAUUCAUCAUUGCCAACAACUGGAUCUGGCUUGCCAACUUCUAAUUUACCUGACUACCAUGCUUCCUUCAUUCCCAACACAUCUAGUUCUUCUAGUUUUACAUCUACUUUACCUGCCUCUAGCUCAACUUUGAAUGUACCACCCAUUCAACCUAUGUCUCUAAUGUCUGAGACGAUGAAUAAUUCUCUGCCAGCUAAGGAUCCUAUUGCAGUAGUCCCUACCUCAGCUCCAAACACUAGCUUGCCAUCUCUCUCUCAUUUUCCAAACAGGGAUCCAAUUGCUACAAUCCCUACAUUGAUUCCAAGCGCUAGCUUGUCGACUCUAUCCCAUCUUCCUACAUCUGGACCUGAUAAUCCUGGAGCACCUUUAGUUUCUAGCAAACCCAGCACAAUACCUAGCACUGCAACCUUGCCACAGCAACCCUUAUCCAAUCAUGGAACUUCUGGGACAUCUGGUCAAGUUCUUACAGAAGCACCGACGCCUUCACUCAUAACUCCUGGUCAUCUACUGCAUUCUGGACCAGCUCCUGGUGCUAUGCCCCAGACAUUACAAACAACGCAGAAGGAUGUGGAAGUAGUACAGGUGGCAUCCAAGCCAUUGCCAGAAACUUCACAGCCAGUAGUGUCAGAAGCUCAACCGCCAAUAUUGCCUCUACCAGCAAAUUCUCGAGCUCAAAAGCCAAAUGGAGGUUCUUAUCACACCCGGAACAAUUACAACUACAGAGGGCGCGGUGGGAGAGGAUACAGGGUCUCCCGCGCUGUGACAGAAUUCACUGAAGAUUUUGAUUUCAUGGCCAUGAAUGAGAAAUUUAAUAAGGACGAAGUGUGGGGUCAUCUGGGGAAAAGUGGUAAAUCACAAGGGAAGGAUAAAGAAGGAUAUGUAAGUGGCAGUGAUGAAGAUGAGGCGCAAGUCGAAAAUGGUGAAUUGCCAAAGGCUGUUUAUAACAAGGACGACUUCUUCGAUUCCCUUUCUUGCAAUUCCCUGAGUAACAACAAUCCAAACAAUGGAAGGACAAGAUAUUCUGAGCAAAUGAAGUUGGAUUCAGAGACUUUUGGAGAUAUUUCAAGGUACCGUGGUGGUCGAGGCCGUGGCCCUGGCCGUGGAGGUGGCCGCUUCCGCGGCUCCUAUCAUGGCAGAGGAGGCUAUGGCGGGUAUGGAUACUCUGGUCGGGGAGGGGGAGGAGGCCGUGGGCGAGGAGGUUUCCAGAACCGGGCCUCGUAGAGAUCCGAAGCAUGUUGGUGGUACAAUAAGAAAAAAUGGCAAAUAGAGUAAAACCUAGAAUUUGCUCUACUACAACAAAACCUAGUUUGUAAUCGCUGUGCAUUAUAUGAAGAAGGGUAGUUUUAUUAAUAAUAAUAAGAUGAGAGAUGAGAUUUAGGAUCCUUUUGUUUUCUUAAAUCGAUACUUGGCUGUACUAAUGUCUGUGAGUUUAUUGUGGUUGGAACUUUUAUCUAGACCUUAUUAUCCAUUUAUGGUUUGGAAUAGUUUGCA